UUGUUUGAAUCAACCACAUGAAGUCAAGCCAUUAAAACUCUUUGGUGAAAACUGCAUAAAUUGUGAUCAAUAAUUCAAAGACAACUAUCAGUUUACUUGAGAUUAGCUUGCUUGGUUACCAUGGUAGAAAUGCAUGUAUUAUUUAAUGCCUGUGUGACUCUGACUGUAAGGCAGCUUAGGCUCUCAGUUGUUUUUAGAAGUGUUCAAACUGUGAGGAUUAAACAGUCUCGUAAUCCAUGAGAAAAAAAUAGCUUGUCUGAGCUUCAUGUCUAGUUCUGAAUGAGAAGGAAGGGACUGGACGGCAGGGUUCUGGGCCAUGUAAUCUGCCAGAGGAUUUCCAAUGGAGGGGACGAUGUUGAUGGCGGGAGAGGAGAAGCCACCAAAGCGGGUGAGGUUCCGCGUGGCUUCAGGGAGCAGCGGCCGGGUCCUGAAGGAGAUGUUCAAGGAUGAGGGGCCUUCGGACUCCUUGGAUUCAGACUGCACCAGCAGUUCGGACGCUGACCGGGCCAGCACCCCCUCUACAAGCGGAGAUGCAAACGGACACCUGUAUGGUUUCCUGGGGUCCGAGCUGGAUGACAGUGAGAGUGAGCCUGAUGAUUUGCUUAUGUACGCAGGGGCCACCAAGGACCGGAUGUUCACCACAAAACGGGUCAACAUACUGAGCAAAAAUGGAACUGUGAGGGGCGUCAAGCACAAAGUUAGCGCAGGUCAAGCGUUGUUUGAAAAUCUCCCCAAAUCCACUGUUCCAGAGGUGGCUCUUGAAUUUGGGCGGAUAGUGAUCUACACUACAAGCUUCCGUGUGGUGAGGACCACCUUUGAGCGAUGUGAGCUGGUCCGAAAGAUUUUCCAGAACCACAGGGUGAAGUUUGCUGAGAAGAACAUUGCCCUGGACAGUGAGUAUGUAAAGGAAUUGGAGGAACGGUGCAAACGUGUGGGAGAACCUCCUUCAUUACCAGUCGUGUUCAUUGAUGGACACUACCUUGGGGGUGCUGAGAAAAUACUAGAUAUGAAUGAAUCAGGAGAACUUCAAGAUCUUCUGACAAAAAUUGAGAGGGUGCAGCACCCCCACACGUGCCAGACCUGUGGGGGCUUUGCCUUCAUCCCAUGCCCAAUGUGCCAUGGCAGCAAGAUGUCCGUGUUUCGCAACUGCUUCACGGAUUCCUUCAAAGCCCUCAAGUGCACUUCCUGCAAUGAGAACGGCCUGCAGCCGUGUCUGAGCUGCAGCCAGUGAGGAUGUUAAGUGCCUGACCCAACACCCUUCCUUGACUUUACACAGGGCCCAGUAAUGGACUGCACCUGAGUCAGUGAAUUAAUGCUGCACACACACA